AUGGCAGUCGCUGGUCCAAUAAUAACCACCUACUAUCCUAUCUUCCUCAUACCGAUCUUCUGCCUUGUCGCCUUCAGGCUUCAAAGAGCUGCUAACAAAGGGGACAUCCGUCGUCUCCCGCUCGUGUCAACAUCCAUCUCACAUUGGCUUUUUGGCCAUGAGCUACUCGUCUUUAUGCACGAUGCAUCACAGAUGUACUCGAUUUGGGCUCAGUCCCUUGGCCGCGUCUACCGUAUCAAAGCGGCAUUAUUCCAUCCCGAUAUCGUGAUUGUCACCGACCAUAAGGCCGUUCACCACAUCCUCACCCACACCGAUUACGGCAGGGAGCCAUCAUUCAGACAGAUCAUAGCCCAUUCCGUAGGGAGAGGAAUAGUUUGGGCAGAUGGUGCAGACCAUGCGUAUCAAAAGCGACUUCUGUCGCCUGCGUUCACGUAA